ACCAAAAAGUUGUUAUCAAUAUUGUUAAGUUAGUUAAUGGUCUGUAAUUCUGAGAAGAGAAUAAUUUCAUAGGGAAAAAGUUUUUUUUGCUAUAUAAACACGAUACGGGUUAAAUCAAACCAUUGUAAUGGCUAAGACUCCGACGCCCCGUCCAAAAAGCGGUAAAGGACUUGGAAAAAGUGCUAAAGUUAGUGCAAUGCGGCAUAGGAAAUUGCUGCGUGAGAACAUCAAAGCGAUCACACGACCUGCUAUUCGAAGAAUGGCACGUCGAGGUGGCGUUAAACGAAUAUCGGGCGAAAUAUAUGAAAUUGCAAGAACUUGUAUAAAAGAUUUCGUCACGGAUGUUCUCAAAGACUGUGUUUCCUAUGUAGAAUAUGAACGAAAAAAAACGGUGGGUGUUAUGGAGAUGUUGUUGGCCCUCAAAAGACAAGGACGAACUAUAUAUGGGUUCGAUCAUGAAAUCAGAGGACGACACACCCAUGCACAUUUUCAUUAUUAAUAAGAAUAUCCGUCCCCAAAAAUUUUUGGAUUAUUUCUUGUAUAAAAUUGUGACAUUGAGAGUUUAUCUAUAGAGAUAUAAAUAAUUCAUAAAUUAUCUGGUCGAUACUUGAUUCUCAUUAUUUUUUUCUACCGUUAUCGAUUUUCUCUCCAAUUUAAACACUUGUUAAAUAUAAAUUCUAUUCUCUGCAAAUAACUAUCCGUCACCUCUUAUUAUAAAAAAAAAAAAAAAUUAAAAUGUAUCAUAAAAAUGAAUUUAAAAAAAAAUUAUGAAAAGAUGAGAUGUAUUUAAAUAAAUACUUCUCAAACCUAAAAAUCAUAAAUCUAUAUUUUAAAAUAUUUAUUUUUUAAAG